GUGGACGCCUGGCAGUCCUGUUAAGGAAGAAGCUAGUGAAGCGAAGGGGAAGAAAACGUCAGAGAGCGCGAGGGCUGCACAUACUCAUUUCGGGGUCUAGGGAGCUGAGCCGUGGGAAAACUGAAGGUGGUAUCACAUGCCAUUAUGAGAUGUCGUCUCUCGGCGCUUCCUUCGUGCAAAUCAAGUUCGACGACAUCCAGUUCUAUGAGAACUGUGGCGGCGGGAGCUUCGGAAGCGUCUACCGGGCCAAGUGGAUCUCGCAGGACAAGGAGGUGGCGGUGAAGAAGCUGCUGAAGAUAGAAACCGAGGCAGAAAUCCUCAGUGUCCUGAGUCACAAGAACAUCAUUCAGUUCUAUGGGGCAAUCCUGGAGGCACCCAACUAUGGCAUUGUUACAGAAUACGCCAGUGGAGGGUCGCUUUAUGAAUACCUGUCCAGUGAGGAGAGUGAGGAGAUGGACAUGGGGCAGAUCAUGACCUGGGCCACGGACAUAGCAAAAGGCAUGCACUACUUACACUCUGAGGCUCCUGUGCGCGUUAUCCACAGGGACCUGAAAUCCCGAAACGUGGUUGUAACUGCGGACAGAGUUCUGAAGAUUUGCGACUUUGGCGCCUCAAAGUUUCACUCCCACACCACGCACAUGUCCCUGGUGGGCACCUUUCCCUGGAUGGCGCCUGAGGUGAUCCAGAGCCUGCCUGUGUCAGAGACCUGUGACACGUAUUCUUACGGAGUGGUCCUCUGGGAGAUGCUCACCAGGGAGGUCCCCUUCAAAGGUCUCGAGGGCUUACAGGUGGCCUGGCUGGUGGUGGAGAAGCACGAGAGGUUGACGAUUCCCACCAGCUGCCCGGCUAGUUUUGCUGAAUUGAUGAGGAAGUGCUUUAUGACAGAUCCGAAGGAAAGGCCCAUGUUCAAGCAGAUCCUGGUGACCCUGGAGGUCAUGUACAACGAUAGUCAGCUUCCUGGCCAGUGCAACUCCUUCUUACACAACAAGGCAGAAUGGAGAUGUGAGAUCGAGGCCACACUGGAGAGGCUGAAGAAACUGGAGAGGGACUUGAGCACCAAGGAGCAGCAGCUGAAAGAAAGAGAAGAGCGUCUCAAGAUCUGGGAGCGGAAGCUGAUGGAGCAGUCCAGGACCCCGCUCUUCUUACCUGUCGCUGCAAAAAUCAGCGCUGAGUCUUUCUUCGAGUCCACGAUGGAGGAGUCGAACAGCUCGGAGAUGUCCUGUCAGAUCACGGCCUCCAGCAACGGCGAGGUGGAUGGGCAGAGCCUGCAGGCCAUGAUGAAGGGCUUCGGGGACAUGUUUACCUUGGACCUGGCCAAUCCGGUGCUGCACUCAGGCAUGCAGGUCAACAUGCAAGCCCAGCAGAACUCCACCAAGUCCUGCAGUGUCCGUAAGGGAAGGAAGAUCAACAUGGCUAUGGGAUUGGAGGACUUUGACUGGUCCGAGGACAGCGACUAGGCCUCCGGUUAGAGUCUGAUUCUUGGUGUGGCUUGUGGGGAGGAUCUUUGUUCACCCUGCAUUGGCCUUUUGUUUUAACUGUGGUCACAAGUAAACUGUCUACUACGCUGUAACUUCCCUCAAAUAUGUAUAGAUAAGACUCAUGGUCCAUGCAUAUCUUAGAUACAAGCUACUGAUUAGCAUUAAACAGAGCCUGUUCUUGGGUGGCGCUGUGGUUCAGUGGGUCAUGCUGGUGCCCCUUUCCUCAAGGAUUGUGGGUUUGAAUCCCCCCCCCCCACCCAGUGAAUGGAGUAUGCAUCUUUUCGCCAAGUUGCAUGGUUUUCAUGCUGCCGUUCAAACACAUGCAGUCCUUUGAAUUGGUGACUCUAAACUUGCCAUAAUGCAUAUGCUCUGUGAUGGAUGUGUGCACCAUUGUUCUGGAAUUUUUCUCCAGCCCCCCAUGAUUUACCACCCUGGACAAGUUGGAGAUCCUGCUUUCCAUCUCUGCAAAUACAUUUUCAUUGUAGCCUUGGAGCUUUCCUCAGAAUGCAUAGGGCACAGGGUGGGGGCACACCCCACACUGGACCCCAGUUCAUCUCACAUGCACUAUGAUCAAUUUAUUGCAAUUAUGCAUGAUUCACCAACCUGCAUAUUCGGAGCAGGAAGCAGAGCACAUGGAGGUAACCCAUGCGACAUGGUGAGAACAUACAAAAGCCACACAAAAGGAGCAGGGGCGGGAUUUGAACCCCCGACCCUGGCGGUCUGUGUUUCCGCUGUGCCACCUGUAGUCACCAACAAUCAAGUUCAUUUUUCAUAGUUUUCCGUUUCAGUCGUUUAUAGAGAAAAGGCGCUUAAUUGUUUAAUGUCCUUAUUUUUUUCGCCGAUGCUGCCGCACAAAGCCCAUUUGCAGCAGGGCGUAAAAGGGCCCCGCCUGAGUGCCGCACGUAGGAGACCCAGCCAGAGACUCACCCCCGCCGGCACUUUCACGCGCCACCUGCGAAUGUAUAGUGCGUCACGCUGGGAGCAGAGAGCCGGAGGAGGAAGCCGCGGAGGGGAGGCGCGGGUGGGAGGCGCAGACGCUUUUAUGGCAAAUUGGCAUUUCGAGUCUCGGCGCCACACAAUGAUGCACCUUUUCGCUGACGGUGGGGUGUCAGUGGGGGGCGCCAUUGAGAUAAAACGGACAUAAACCUGACUGACCCCAAGCCUCUGAGGCAUCACUGGAGAUUUUGGGCCCCACGAAAGCAUGUCAUACUGAGACCAGCAAUCCGGACCAAUACAAUUAUGUUCCAUAUCUUCUAGGGGCCCUUGGAUUCAUCCUAACACCCCCCCCCCCCCCGCAUACAGUGCCCCUGCAGAGUCCUCUCAUCACAUGCUCUUCCCACCCUUACAUCACAUGCAGCAUAUAUUAAACCUUAAGUCCUCACGUGGCUGUGGUGGGAUCUGAUUGCAGGUCACCGUUCGGUCAGAACACAUGCAGGUCCUCAGGGACUGUUGGUCUUCUGCUGUCAUGCCUCAUUGGGUUGGCCAACUCCAUCAAUGGAUGUUCUGCAGGUCUUCUUACUGCCCUUUUUUUCAAAAAAAAAUAAACAAGAAAAAUAAAACCCACUUCUGUGAAAUGUCCAGCGUGCUGCAGCUUAAACACGCGUGCGGCUUAUCGCACUCGCUCUGCCAGAUGUUCGCUCAGACCUCAGCGAUGCUGUGCUUUUGGGGGCCCCGGCGCAGUUAUAAACACAGAGCAGCGCGUGGCUUUUUGGCUGCUGGCCCCCCUACGUUUUGUGUGCCUAUCCUAUGUUUUGAGAUCGCAGGAGCGCCUGUGUUUGAUCAGUGUUUGAGAAACUUCAAGAAGCCCAGGCAGGCCUGAACACAGGAGAGCCUCGUGACGGGUCCCCUCCAUAUUUAAACUCAGCCUGGUGUCCUUUUCCUUAGGCAUGAAUUACCUGAGGAUAAGCCAGAGCUUACACCGGAUUAGGAAAGCAGUAUCUGGAAAACAAGAGGGUUUCACUUAGUUUAAGGUGGUUGCUGAUUAUGAUUUGUUAUUAUUGUUAUUGCUCAUUUAAUGGUCUCUCUGAACACAUUUGUUAGUUAUUACGGUACCAGCUGGUUUUCUGCACCCAUGCUAGUGUGAAAGUCAAUGUGUAUAUUAUCAAUAUUUAAUAUUUACGAUUGUAGUUUCAUACAUAUUGUUUAAAGCUCUAGUAAGUUUAGUUUGUAUGAGUACUAAGUUUUGGAUUUUUAAUGUGACCUUGCGUUGUGAAUUUUGUUUUGCUUCUUUUUCUUCUGUACACGACUUUUUUUUUCCAAUAUAAUUUCUGAGAAACUUU